AUAGAACUAGACAUGUUUGGGUCACGGCCGGCCCCGUUGAUGAUAUGCCAUAAUAUUUGCAUUUGGUCUAUUGCUGCUUUUUCUGAUCAUUGCCCCUUUGGCUCUUUUCAUUCCUUUUUGUCUGUCUUUCUUUUCUUCUUUCUUUCUUUCUCUUUUUUUCAUUUUUUCUCUCUUUUCCACCUUCUCUCUCUUUCUACACUCUUUUCUCCCUACCCAUACUCUGUACCUGACAUAACUCCCCCACGCAUCCCUCCCUAUGUUUACUCUGUGUCUCCCCCAAUGAAUUCACCCAUCUCAAGUAUCUCCCUCUGAUCCAUCACAUCGACAUGGCCAUAUGGCCCUGGAGUCGCAAGAAUAAGCGGCACACCAUUCAGCUCGGAGAUCCUGAAACCGCCACUACAGCCUCACAGCCUGUCCCUGAAAUGGCCUCCUUUGCGCCCGAUGUUGAGCCUCGCCUGACUCGCAAGAAAUCUAAGCGUCAAAAGAACCGACACUCCGAUUCCGCCUCCAUGAACAAUAAUGUGAUUGCCACUCGCUCCGCCUCCCAACUUCCUCCCCCUACUGCUCACAGUCAAAACACUCAUCCUUCACAACCCUCACAACCUUCACAUCACUCUCAACCUCUCCCUGCAAAAAAAGGUCGGGCGCAAAAACAUCCGCGUUUCGAUGAAUCUUAUACUGCCCGUUCGGGGCCUCAACAAUCCGCCAUGUCCCGAUCAACUUCCUUAAAGGGGAAACGCGGCAACAACAAUGGCCACGCCGUGCUCAAGAAACGGCUGAGCCAGCGCAAAUUGAACAAAAUCGCCCGCGAACAGGAGAUUCGUCUCAUGGCCUCCUGUCCCAUCGAUAUUCCCCAUCGUCCCGGUGAUCCGGUACCGGUCGCUCCCGUUAAACGCGCUCCUAGGUCGCGGAGUCGACGUUCUGAACGUCAUCGCUCCGAGACUAGUUUGUCCGUUCGGGAAUCGGCUGCCUCGUCCAUGUCGGAUAUCCCUGAAGCGUAUACCUUCAAAGUCAAUGCUUUAGCUGCCUUUACUCCAAGACCUCUUGUUCGCUACGAGGCUCCUCGGCUGCCUACUUCUCGCAGCAACAAUGCCUCUGCCGCUUCCACGCGACGAGAAAAGCUACCCGCCUUGACCGCAUCGGAGGAGAACCUGUCCAGACGACGGGUCGACCAUUAUGUCGAUGAUCUCGAUGCUGGUGGUCUACGCGAGUUACUUGAACGAGACCGACGGCGGCAUGAGCGUCAAGCCAUUGAGAAACAGGAGAAACUCCAACGCAAACUUCAACGGGCUGCUGAUAAGCAGCGUGCGGCUGAAAGCCGUGCUGCUGAAACUGCUGAAGAUUCUGGCGCCGUUGAAGACGAACGACAAAACUUCCUCGAGGGCCCCAGUCGUCCUCCGACCGCAGAUGCAUCCAGAGAACCUGAUUCCAGGGGUGAUGCGGUUCAAUCUCCCGAGCCUGUGGGAUCGUGGCUGCGUGAUUCUUCCAAAGAGCCAACGCGUAGUCGCGAGACGCUCGAAAGCGUCCACGUUAUUGGCAACAUUGAUGACAGCUCGAUCCGUGGGCCGCCCAAGCUGGUUCAGCGGCCAAGUUUUGCUCAAUCACAGGACAUCAGCAUGUCUCGCACCACUCUCUCACCAGCUCAGUCUCAAUCAACAUCUCGGCAUGGCCUGGGCAGUCCAACAUCCUCCCAGAUUUACGGCCUGGGGGGACGGGAAUCCCUGUCGGAUGCUUCCCGGACCGUGGAUUCGGAACGACGCCUGUCCGACCACAGUGGCAUGCGUACGAACACCUUCUCCUCGCUCUUCCGCCGUGGCAGCUCGCGGCUUAAGAGGAGAUACCGUGAACGGUUUCACGACCAGACGUCGGACUUUUCCUCGCAUGCAUCACACGCAUCCCGCGAAUCGUUCUCUAGGAUUCCCACGCAAUCAUCAGCACCCGGUCCCGCACCUGCGGCACCAUCCCCGAUCCCGUCACGACCGCUCCCUCGUUCCACAAACACCGUCAAACGGUCGCAGUCGAAAUUCACCGAACAUUUCGGAGAUGAGCCCCUCUCGCCGCCUGAUUCCCGGCUGCAGUCACCUGAUAUUGUCGAAGAACCCGAAGAGCAUCCUGGUAGUAUUCCAAUCCCGAUUGGAACCGCAAUUGGAACUGCAUAUCCGAUUCCCGGCUCAGACUCUGACCUGCCGGCUGCUCGGAACCGUCACCGUUCAUGGAUGAGCGAUAACAUGGACGAUGACAACGUGCCAUUAUCCCAGUCUUUGGCAUCAAUUGACUCCGAAGGCUCGUGGAUGUCGGGCAACUUCUUACGUCGCAUUUCCCAACGGAGAUCCAACCACCCUGUCCGACACAGCACGGGUCAAUUCGAGGGUCCCGACGAUGCGUCUCAUGUGGAAGACCUGCCAAACUUUGUUCGCUUCUCGUCAGGCAACGACGAAGAACCGACCAGUGCUGAUGCCGCGGAGGAGCCAGAAGCCCAGCAGAAUCUGCGUCUGCCCGACGAGGACCCGUCUGAGACAUGGCAUACCGAAGUCGCCAAACGACCGGUCCUGGUGAACCCAACCGUGCGUCCCAAGUCGACCGAGGGCAUGCUCAAAACCAUUCAAUCGCUAUCACCCAUCUCUGCCGAAGCGGAAUUCAGCCCGAUUGAAGAGCAUUCGGCAGAGCUUGACUACGCAACUGACGAGGAUGACCAUGCUCAUGGUCCCGUCGCGUAAACAAAAAUUGCAUUUCGUUUUUUUUUUUUUUUUUUUUUUU